UCCCCAUUUCUUCACGGUCAUAUUCUUCUUGCCUUUUAGUUUUUCUGUUGUUUCUUGAAAUUAUGGCAUGGAAAUCCCCAAAAUUUCAAACUCACCGCAUCGAAAAUGGGUUCUUAAACGCAUAUUGGGGGAGAACGAGAAAGAAAGCCCCAAAAAAUUGCGGUGGUCGGUGGUUUGUUUGAGAUCCUUGUUCCAUCGGUGUGAUUGUGUGUCGAUGGGUUAGGAGCUAAGAUGGUUUGAAUAUGUAUUCCAUCUUGGCUGUCAUCCAUUUUGGAUACAGUAGAAUUCCAUUAGGAAAAUUUUCCAAAGUUAAUAUUAAACCAAGUAGACAAAUUUAGAAGGAUUGACUGUACAUGGGUAGUGCAGCUCCAAAAGACGACGAUCCAAACUAAGUUAUUGUUGUUUAGAAUAAAUAAAAAAGCUUGGCCAAAAUAUUUGGUGAAUCAUUGAUACAAACUAGUAGAAUCGAUAAAUGCAAGUAGAAAGCCCAAAAUUCAGUCUCUCACUUUAUUGUAAAGCAGAUAAAUGGAGAAUCUGCAAUGCAAAUAGAGAAACCCAAAAUUCUAAUAGCAUCACCAAUAUUUUGAAUGUGGAAUCAAGACAAGCCAAAUAGAUUGAGAUUUUGCGAUGUAUUAUAUUACAACUUUCAAAUCCUAUACAACAGAGGUACUGUAACAAAGGAACAAUAAAACUACCUAAAUAACAACAAAGGGUUCAGAGUACAAAUAAACCAACAUAUAAUGCUUGUUUUUGCUUGAUUGAUUUUUGAUAUUAUUUUAACCCUCAUCCUUGAUCCCUGACAUAUCAUCACUUCCCCACAGCCCUAUCUACCUUGAUGAAGCUAUCUACUUGAACUCAAUGCUUGUCAAUAGAUAAAGCAGCUGUUCAUACUUCCUUCGCUUGGCUUGUUCAAAAGUGAAUCAUGGACUGCUCAUUGAACUCAUAGUUCCUUCGAACCUCUCUGUAGGGUUUGGUUCCCGAACUUUUUGGAGUCUUUGAGCAUAGUUAUAAAGAGCUUAAUUGCACAAAGCCCCUUACCCUCAUCGUGUGUUGAGCUCAAUUGACCCCCAUAGCCUUAACUUCUUAAAUCAUAUAUGACAAAUCUUAGAACCGUUCAAAAACAAAGAGAAGAAAAGUAGGAAAUUGUAUUUUUUGUUUUAGAUAUCACCAACACAACAAGCACACGAAUUGCACAUAAGCGGUUGACUGUUUUGAUUCUUCUCAACUGAUAAGGCCAAUACUUUAGGUCAUGUAGAUGAGAAGUUCUACUUUACUUUCGAUUCUUGUAUUUAUCGGCUUAAAAGGCCCCUCUCGGGUUGGAGCCCGAUUUGGGCUUAGGAGUUAGGGGUCUGAACAUACUGGUAUCUUUGGUUCCCCUAUCGUUAAGACAAGGAUCUGUUUUGGUUUUUGCAAGCCGGAUGGAGGUUUGACAUAAAAUAAUCAUGAACAAUCAAAUACGUUUUCAGGGAUAGAAGCAAACAGAAUCAAGUUUUCCUCGUCCCAACUGGUAUUAAUCUUACAAUUAACAUGAAUUAAUCUUACAAUUAACAUGAAUUGGUUACCAUGAAUUGUUAAUGUUCUUUUCGGCCUUUCUAUGUAAAAUGACUGUAUAUGUUUGAAAAUCCUCUUGAUGUAGGCAACAUAUGUUUGAAAAUCUAACCAUUUGGGUUUAGUUUGAGUCGAAGCAUUAGUUCUACAUAUAUUCUAUAAUAACUGCUUUCAUCGGGUAAUUUUCCCUCUUUCAUUGUCAUACUUGCUGUUAGUUAUUUAAUUUAAGUCUUAAUGCGUUAGUUUUAGGUUGCUUAUUGGAUAAUAACUGUUUUCAUUGGGUAAUUUUCUUUUUCUAGUGUCAUAAAUACCCUUAGUUUGUUAAAUUAUUGUGAUAAGUUCAUGAAUCUGCUCUCUAGAUCUGUUCUAGUGACAAAGAUUGUACUAUUCUUAAGAUUUCCUUUCUUGGUUUAUUUUUAUUCUAGAUCUUUGGUUGUUGUUUAGGUAGUUUUAUUCUUCCUUUGUUACAGUAACUCUGUUGGGUAGGAUUUGAAGUUGUAAUAUAAGCAUCACAGAAACUCCAUCUAUUUGGAUGUUCUUGAUUCCACUUCAAAUAUUGGUGAUACUGUUGGAAUUUUGGGUUUUCUAUUUGCAUUACAAAUUCUCCAUUUAUUUGUUUCGUUCUUAAUUUAAGAUGCAAGUGAUACUUUGAAUUUUGGGCUUUGUAUUUGCGUCUAUCUAUUCUACUAGUUAGUAUCAAUGAUUCUAUAAAUAUUUAGGCCUAGCCUUUUUAUUUAUGUUAACGAACAAUAACUUAAGUCUUGCGACGUCGUUUUUGGAGUUGCACUACCCGUAUAUAAGUGUUUCUCCUAGGGUUUUGUCUACUUGGUUUAGUAUCAACUUUGGAAAGAUUUCCUGAGGGAUUCAGCCGCAUCCAAAAUGAAUGGCGGCCGAGAUGGGAGAAACAUCAUUCAUAUAAUUGGUGGACAUGGCCCAAGACGUGGAGCUGACAAUCGGGAUGAUCAACCUGUUUCGGGAAGGGAAGAAUUUGAAAUUCCAUCACUUGGGUCUCCUCGCUUUAUUAUUGAGAAACUGAGGUCAUCCAGAGUCCGACACUGCAGGAAGUUCUCUUCUGAAGAGGGCUGUCCUUUUGGUGAUAAAUGCACUUAUCUUCAUGAUGAUAAAAUGAAAGGCCGAGAAAGAACUGCGAUACUUUUGGGUCCUGGAUCUAGUGUUGGGUAUGGGAAUGGAGGAGCUACUGGGAGUGGAAGUGGAACAGCAGCAGCGCCGCCACUAGCACCACCACCACUAGCACUGCCACUAGCAGCAGCACCAGCAGCGGCACCACUAGUGUCAGCAGCGUCUAAUUCAACGGUGAAGCCGAGUUGGAAGACCAAGAUAUGUUACAAGUGGGAGCGGACAGGUAAUUGCCCAUACGGGAGCAAGUGCAUUUUUGCUCAUGGGGCGGCAGAACUGCAUCGAUACGGUGGUGGGCUUCUUGUUGACGACGAGGCUAACCCCAACCAGCAAGUGAACGUCGUAGCAGCCACCCGCUCAUCAGUGGCUCAUGUUGGUGGUUCUGGGCUGCCGCCAGCCACAUCAGAGAGACCCGUUAGGAAGUGGAAGGGUCCCGACAAGAUUAGCCGUAUUUAUGGGGAUUGGAUUGACGACCUCGAAUAAGCUCUCGUAGAAUUCAAAUCCUCCGUCCUUAAAAGGCGAAACUCGAAUCUGGCUUUUUGAAUAAGUCUCUGCUUUGCUCAUUUGAUUUCCAUGUUUGUGACCAUCAAAACUGUUGUUGACUCAACUUGCAUAACUUUGACUUUUUGGGAUCAAAAUGGAUGGGUCUUGAGGAUUUUGUUUC